CGAGCCAAGCCGUGCCGUGCCGUGCCGUGCCGCGCCAUGGCCUCCCGCAGCGCCGGGACCCUCCUUACCCAGAACCGCGCCACCUACGUACCGCCGGCUCUCAUGCCCGGGUACCGUGGGCAUGUCCCCAACACGGUGUUUUCCUUUGGUGACACCUACGGGAACGCCACUCUGAAAUACUUCCAGGAUUUCCGCAAUGCUGCCAUGGAGACCAGCCGCUGCCCCUACAGCAAAGGCGGCCAGUUCCCCACCCUCUUCUCGCCCGACCCUGGCUUAGUGCUGGGGUGCAGGGCGCGGGGCUGGGACAGGUGGCUGCAUGCGCCUUCCUAUUCCCGCUUCAACUUGGAUUUCAACCGCUCCGAAGAGCUGAAGGAGUUUUACAAGCUUUCCCAGAGGCACCGCGAGCAUUACUGUGACAAGACCGGGACGGAGCAUGUGGUUCCCUACUUUGUGCUGCCGGUCAAGGAGAAGGACAAGUACCCCCACCCUCUUGAUCUCCCACCUCUGAGCGCGAAGACCCAAUGGCAUUUAUUCCGCGUGUCUCCAGAGAAUCUGCGGACAUGCCAAACCUUCCCCUCGGGGAAGAGGGUGACCACCCAGGAGAGAGAAGUCAGAGACAGCUAUUUUGAAUACAGAGCAUGAGGAGAGAGGUUCCCCUUCCACCGCCGGUUCCUAGAUGAGGAAGGAACAGUGAGAAAUAAAGCACUGGAAGUUAGUGACCCCCUGGAUUCUCUCUCCAGGCUGCGGCUGUUUCUAAGCAGGACAGCUCUUUCGUUACCCACCUGCAGUGCAAGGAGAGGCUAUGCAUGUGGCUGCAGUAGGUCACAGACCAUGCGCCUGUCACUGUAGAUGUACAUUUUACACAGAGAUAAAGGACAGGUGGGGUGUGGACUGAACGCAACAGAUUCAGCAGCUGUCAGUGAGAAUGUAGAGGCUCAGCUUUGGCCGGCACAGCCUUUUAUUGUCCUCCAGAGAGAUCUGGGUCAAAGCAGAAGCUCCACCCACAACUCAAACUGUACCAACAAUCGUGGCUCAGCUCUUUCAUAAUGCCAAGAGGCACCACUCACAGCAGAUGGACAGGUCUCCAUAAUAGGUUUUCCUCUCCCCUUCCUCACAUAGUUUGUUGGAAGAAAAAUAGUUAAUAAUGUGGACAAUUAAAUGGUCACCAUUAGGCCUCAGGGUUAACGCCCACCGGCGUAAAUAGAACCAUUGACGCUUCUCUCAGAGUUGUUGUUUCAGGCUCUCUGAGGACUCAGGGACACAACUGGAUGCUUUUCUACUCCAGUAUAAGGGCCAGAGACGUGUUUUUAAAUGAAAGCUUAGAUUCUGGAGCAAAGAGGGCAGGCAGCAGGGAAACAGACUCCUUUGCCAACCUCCUGGGAGAACUAUUAUGCAGAGAAUAUAAAACCUGCUCUAUGUUCGGUGUUCUUCCAUCUUUUGUAAAAAACGCAGUCACUCAUAAACCUAAGAACCAGAGUGCAGCCUGUUGCUGCACCAGUCCUGAGCUGCAGCCCAGCCCAGGAACCAGCAUAGUCUGUUGAGCCCCACACUGAUUGCCCGUCAGCGCAAUGUCAGGUGCACAGGGUGAAAUUCACCAGCCCCAGGAACUCCCACCUGAGCACACAGGGCUUGUCUGGGCCGUCUGGGUGAACAGUGAGAGCAAAGCAGCAGAAAUGCUGAAAGAAGCUACCCCAGAGACAGGGGACUGUGAGUCAGGAGGUCCCAGUAAUAUAAGCCUUAUUGCUCCUCUUUGGCACUAUAGAUAUGAUUCAUGCUGCUGUGUUUCCCAGGCAGUUCCUAGAUUCAGAAUGUCCUAGGGACGGGAGAUCACCUAG